AUGGCGACCGAAGUUGCUUGUCGAAGGUGCCUGCAAGCACUUGGUCUAGGUAUUCGCCGAAAUGGGGCGACGUCGGGACCAAAGCUGAGGCAGCUCGCUCGCCUCGGUCACAGUUAUCAAACUUAUUCCACGCCGUCUCGAAAGAAUAUUUCUCCACAGCAGCAAGGACAAUUAAGAUUGAAUGGUUGCAGGAGCCAGAUAAGAGGGACAGCCUCCCUAGCUACGUCCCAGGAAGCCUCUGCUAGUGAACAAUCGGAACCGAAACAGCCACUCUUGCAACGGGACAAUCUCUUCCAUUCAUACAGCAAUUCCCCUUCGCCCCAGAUAAGAAAACGAGCGCAAUUUAUCAAGCAACAUGCCUUCUGCCCGCAUCCAGAUCAUCAGCAAACCCGCGCCUCGGUCUCUCCGGCAAGCUCCGAAGCUGAAAAGCCAGGCAUCCCUAACGAGCAGAAACAGCCUCCUGCUCAUGCUCAACAUGAGUGCCCGGACUGUGGUGUUCCAGUAUAUUGCUCCGAAGAACAUUGGAUAGAUGACUUUGAGGCACAUUUACAGGUCUGCGAGACUAUUCGACAGAUAAAUGAAGAUGACCAUGACUUGCAAUCUGGACGUUUCUUCACGGAAUUUGACUAUCCUGGCUACCAGGCGGAUGAGAUUGUGGUAAACAUGACAAAUUGGGAUACUUUCCUGUACACCAGGGAGUUCGAGGCUGUCAACGACGAUAGGAGCAUGCGCCAGGUUACUAGGCUUCUUACCUACCCGGUCACAAUUGCAAGUGUACUACAUGAACUCAGCCCUUACAACAUUUCAAAGGGUGGAAGACUAACCCCAGAAGGAUUGAAGAGUUUUAGUGCUCUACGUUAUACCCUACACCCGCCAAGGGCAGGCGAGGGAAGCACUAUGAAGGGACUGCGGUUAAAAGCUCCCCCAGUCCGAAUCUUCGUACUAGGUGCGCGUGCAGAGUCUUCCUUACCGCGGGAAGUCUGGAUGCAGAUUUCACACCUCUUUCCUCGUGCCACUAUCAAUCUGAUCUUCAUUGGACCUGAGAGCAUGGCAAACCGUGAUGAUGAGUUCCCGCUCCCAGAACGAACUGCAAGCAAUCCUUUCGGCGGAAUUGUUGAAGACCGCCUCGGUCCUCAGAUGAAAAUUACUACCUAUGUCGAUUAUUUCCAUACCAUGCACAAGGCUAACAUGUUUGCACCCUAUGACCCAUAUUUUGACUGCUUCAUGCUCUUUCAUCCUGGUUUAGGACAUCCAGCCAGUUCCCAUGAGUGGGAGGAGACUCUUCCAUGCCUGUUGGAGACUAAAGUUCCUAUUAUAUGCACUGGCUACACCCAGAGUGACAUGGAGAGAGAUCUGAACUGGGUGAAAAAAAAAUGCGGUGGUGAAGCAGACAUCCUUCUUGAGCAAGGGGAGAACAGAUUCCGAAGCUUGAGAUGGGACCUAAAUGACCUAGAUCCUCAUGAUGUGUCCUGUGGCAACUGGGGAGUAUGGGCUUUCAGAGGAAAGAGAUAUGAGGCCACUUUCAAAGAUUCUUGA